CUCAUCUCCACGCCUGACCCCUCCCAGGAGACCGGUGAUGCCAAGGCUGCUGCGAGGGACGGAGAAGAGUCGGGGUUGAACCCCAAGCUGAGCUGAGGGCUCGCGCUCUUCCGGUUCCCUGGACCUACCCCCACUUGAAGAAAUGAGUGGUGGAUUGGCUCCAAGUAAGAGCACAGUGUAUGUGUCCAACUUGCCCUUUUCUCUGACAAACAAUGACUUAUACAGGAUAUUUUCCAAGUAUGGCAAAGUUGUAAAGGUUACUAUAAUGAAAGAUAAAGAUACAAGGAAGAGUAAAGGAGUUGCAUUUAUUUUAUUUUUGGAUAAAGAUUCUGCACAAAACUGUACGAGGGCAAUAAACAACAAACAGUUGUUUGGUAGAAUGAUAAAAGCAAGCAUUGCUAUUGACAAUGGAAGAGCCGCUGAGUUCAUCCGAAGGCGAAACUACUUUGAUAAAUCUAAGUGUUAUGAAUGUGGGGAAAGUGGACAUUUAAGUUAUGCCUGUCCUAAAAAUAUGCUUGGAGAACGUGAACCUCCAAAGAAGAAAGAAAAAAAGAAAAAAAAGAAAAUUCCUGAACCAGAGGAAGAAAUUGCAGAAGUAGGAGAAAGUGAAGAUGAAGGGGAAGAUCCUGCUCUGGACAGUCUCAGUCAGGCCAUCGCAUUCCAGCAAGCCAAAAUUGAAGAAGAACAAAGAAAAUGGAAACCCAGUUCAGGGGGCCCCUCAACGUCAGAUGAUUCAAGACGUCCGAGGAUAAAGAAAAGCAACUACUUCAGUGAUGAGGAAGAACUUAGUGAUUAAAAUUUUAUUUUUUAUGUAAAUAUAAUUAAAAUUUUAAAAGUCUGGGAACACAAAGGUCACUUGGGGACUAAAGAUGACUUUUAGGAUUUCAGCAUAUGAAUACUUAAUGCCAAAUAGUUUUCUAAUAUAAAAUAGUUCGUAAGAAAUUAAAACAAUUUUAAAGUAUCAUGUUUCUGUCUGGCUUUAGCACACUCAAGCUAGUAACCUUGAAAAGAGCUAAUUUUAAUAAAAAUAAGGAAACUUAAUACUAUCAUAGUAAUGCUAUUUUCAUCCCAAGAAAAAAGAUAGUUAUUAAAAGGCGUUGAGAAGUCCAUUAUAAAAAGCUUCAUUUGUGUCUGACUAGUUUACAUGAGGACUUUUGAAAUAAGUUUAAUCUUUAAAACAAAACGUCACAAAGACUGAGAAGUUGAAUGAUUUAUUGUUAAUAGUAUUAAUAAACUUUUCAAGAGAACUUGUCUUUAAGUAUAGUGUCAUCUUAUUUCUUGUAGCUUUCAGCUCAAUCUGGAUAAGUUGUAAAUAUCCAUAAAAUAAAAAGUAGAGUAGCUCUAAAAGGCUUGUAAUCAAACACAGCAGUUAUUUGUCUGCCUUGCCUACAGUACCAAAUCCCAUUCCCUAGAAGCAACUACUUAUAACUUCUUUAGCUAUUUCUUUUCAUAUGUCCAAAUAUUGCUAAAUAAAAUACAUAUACUUAAAUAUAUUUCUGUCACUUAAUUCAACACCAGUGGCCAGAUUCAUGGAAGACAGUUUUUCCACCAAUGACGCCUGGGGGUAGGGGACAAUGGUUUGGGAUGAUUCAAGUGCAUUGUAUUUACUGUGUACUUUAUUUUUCUAUUAUUACUACAUUGUAAUAUAUAACAAAAUAAAUAUACAACUCAUCCCACAGAAUCAGUGGGAGCCUUGAGCUUAUUUUCCUGCAACUAGAUGGUCCCAAUACUAGAUCACUGCCUCACCUCCUCCUCAGACCAUAAAGCAUUAGAUUCUGGUAAGGAGCACACAACCUAGAUCCCUUGCAUGCACAGUUUACAGUAGAGUUCAUGCUCCUAUCGGUGGAGUUCAGGCAGUGAUGCGAGUGAUGGGGAGCAGCUAUAAAUACAGAUGAAGCUUCCUUGCUCACCCGCUGCUCACCUCUUGCUGUGGUCUACAACCCAGGGAUUGGGGACCCACAAACACUAUUCACAAAGGGAUAAAGGAGGAUUUUUCAACCUCUUAUACUCCCCUUACCUUCUUCCAUCUUCCCAGUAUGGCUAUAUUAAAAUUUUGGGUUAAAUCUAUAUGCUUUUUUUUAUUACCAUGUUAAUACUUUAAAUUUAUGAGCCAAGGAAUGUGUUGUGAUUAUAUUUUUCUUAAGAGUCAUGUCUGAUUUUUUCCAUAUGUUUAUUUCAUUUCUUUGCAUGUAUGACUAAAUCUUCCUAUACUGUCUGCAAGUGUUUAUAUGAGAAGGGGAUUAUGAAGCCUUUAAUUUUUUACUUUGUAUAUUUUAUACUGUUCAAAUGCUUUGUAAAAUAAAAGAACACUCAUUUAUUAUUUUUUUAAUUACCAAAAGCAAUAAAAAGUAUUUCCACUUUGAAAACUAAAAAGAUAACACCAGUGUUACCCAUCCACCAGCAAGGAAUCUUCUAGAUCUCAACAAACCAGCAAGAAUCACUGAUUAUAAAACAAAACUCUGCUUUCCGUUUACCCACUAUUUUGUCAGAUAUCACAAAAAUUUGAAAGCAAAGAAAAAAAGGGGGAAUAGGAUGUGCUGCAAUAUGCAUAAAAGUUUACGUGAAUACCUGAAACACAGACACUAUUAAUAGAGAAUGAGCUAGUGAUACAUAGAGAAAAUAAAAUUGUAAAUAAAAUAUUUUUAUCAUCUAUUAACAAGUGAUAC